AAAAGUUUCCUUAAAAAAUAGAUAUCUAUUUUAUUAAUUAAGAUUAAUUGCAAUCCUCAUAUAGACAAAAUCAUUUGGAUUAAGUCUUACAAUUAUUGUUAUUUAUCAAACUAAUAAAAAAUUACAAAGGCAUGCAUAGGAAUGCAACGUGUGUAACUGUCAAUCGAUAAUAUUGAAUGCUACAUUGAAAUGAUAAGAAUCUUUGCGAAUACAUAUUCAACUACGACUGUUUCAUCUAUAUUCUAUGUUAUUUAUGAUAUAUUGACCAAAUUCAUAUUAUCAGAUAUUAUUCUAUAUAAUGUAUGGUUUCCAUGUGUUUGGUCAAAGUUUAGGAGCAUAGAGGUUAAAGUUUCUUCACUAUAUGUCGCGUAUCUCUGUGGAACGUACAGUUUAUAAAGUAACACAUAAGUUAUCAUUUUAAUUCUGUAUGUUUCAAAUUUUAACACCCCUUAUUGAAAGCUCCUGACUUUCUCAUAAUUAUAUACAAAUAUUUGAUAUCAUGAGAGAAGAAACGUUAAAAGGUUGGCAUCUUAUAUGGUGGUUAUUUACGUUAUUUGGAUUUCCAAUUACUAUCCCAUGGUUGAUAUACCAUUUCUUUGAUGUAAUGCAACGAAAAAGAAGAAAAAGUAUGUUAAGUGGGAAGGUUGUGAUAAUAACUGGAGCCAGUUCUGGAUUAGGAGAGGCAUUAGCGCAUGUUUUCUAUGACUGUGGCUGUAAACUUAUUUUAAUUUCUAGAAGAAAGGAGGAAUUGCAAAGAGUGAAAAAUGACUUAAUGAAUAUUCAUGUUACUAUACCGACUCAUCCUCCAGUAAUUGUACCAUUAGAUCUGACUAAUAUCAAUUCUCUACAAACUGAAGUUUCAAAAAUGAUAGAUAUCCAUGGAAAGAUUGAUAUUUUGAUCAAUAAUGCUGGCAUUUCUUAUAGAGGUGAAGUUGUUAAUACAAAUAUGGAUGUAGAUAUAAAAGUAAUGCUUACAAAUUACUUUGCUCAAAUUGCUUUGACAAAAGCUGUCCUCCCAUAUAUGAUCCAACAAAAGUCAGGUCACAUAAUAUGUGUUGGUAGCAUACAGGGAAAAAUUUCAAUACCAUACAGGUCUGCAUAUGCAGCUUCUAAAUAUGCAUUACAAGCCUGGUGCGAUUGUUGUAGAGCAGAAAUGUAUGACCAAAAUAUAAAAGUUACAACUGUUAGUCCUGGUUAUGUAAGAACCUCUCUUUCACUGAAUGCAUUAACAGGAAAUGGGCAAAUUUAUGGAGUAAUGGAUAAAAACACACAAGAGGGAUAUUCUCCAGAAUAUGUAGCAGAUCGUAUUUUAAAAGCAGUAUUGAAAGAAGAGAAAGAUGUGUUUAUUGCACCAUUUACUCCAAAAUGUGCAGUAUAUUUACGCACUUUAUGUCCAUCAUUGUAUUUCUGGAUAAUGCAAAAACGAGCUAAAAAGGCAAAAGAAUCAUAAUACUUAAUAUAUGGUUAUGAUAAAGGGGCGAUUAUUUGUUUCUUGUUAUUUAUAAAAACAUUCAGUUUUUAUCAUUAUAUUUAUAGUAUCUUUUAUUAUUAUGUUAUAACUGAAAUGAAAUAUACGUUAUGAUAAAUUCAAUUUUAUGCCAAGUUGAUGGCAAUCUUGAAAAGAGAAUAAUUUUAUGAAAUGCAUUGGACAAAAUUAUAUCCAAAUUAUAUUUUAUUAUAAUGCCAGUCAUUGGUGGAAUAUGUUUACAUUAUAUACAUUUUAAUACUACAAACGUGUUAAUGGAAUUUAGACUGAAGCACAUUAAAAUAUGUCAUCUAAAACUUGAAAAGUCAUGGAAUAUAUAAAGAUAAGUAAUUACAGAAAUUAUGUUUUAUAAAUAUAAUAAAAGCUGUAAAAUAUAGACAUAUACAGAAGGUAAAGAUACUUGCAUAAAUUUCACGUAGAAAAAUAAAUGCUUGAAAAUGCAGAGAAAUAGAGACCUUUUAAGCUACAAAUUACAGAACAAUAAAUUUACCUAACACACCAUUCGUCAAAUGUAUCUUUAUCCAUAGUAGAUAUUUUAUUGCAUAUUCUCUUGUAUGUUACAACUAUAAAAUAUUAUAAGUUGUAUCAUAACAAAUAUUUGGCUAAUAACUGAGACAUUCAAAGUAUGACAUAUAAUGUACAGUAAUUGGUACGAACUUUGUUGUCAUGGCAGGAUUAUCAACGCUUAUUUAAGUUUUUGUUAUGUAUCAUCAGUGAUUUUCUGUAAAUUUUAAUUUACAUAAAAAGAUUCUAAUUGACGUUAACUCAAUUGUAAGAAAAAUACGAACACGUACUUUUUCAUAUUAACAGAAUGAAGCAUUAUAUGUUUGUAUUGUGCAUAAAAUGCAUGCCAUAUGUAAUAACUAUAUUUUAUUUUGGAUUUAUUGGAUUAAACAAUAUUAUGCAAAGAUA